UUAAGGUGAAAGGACUGCUUCCGGCCAGAGGUCCCGGGCAGAGGAGGAAGCUGUGGUUGCCGGCGGUGGGGCACCCCGGCCGCUCAGCCCCUGAGCACUGCUGUGGGGCGUUCAGGUACUCCAUUUUGUCUUCUCAGUUUGCCACACUUGUGGCAAAGCAAGCUGCGAGGAGGAACCAGACAGCCCGGUUAGUCGUGGCCAGCCCUCACUCCCUGGAAAUGGCAAACAAGGGGAACAAGAAGCGUCGGCAGUUCUCUCUGGAAGAGAAAAUGAAAGUUGUGGAAGCUGUAGACUCAGGCAAGAGGAAAGGUGACGUGGCAAAAGAAUUUGGUAUCACUCCCUCUACUUUAUCUACAUUCUUAAAGGAUCGCACCAAAUUUGAAAAAAAGGUACGGGAGGCAUCCGUGGGACCCCAGCGGAAAAGGAUGAGGAGCGCUCUUUAUGAUGACAUUGAUAAGGCUGUUUUUGCUUGGUUUCAAGAAAUCCAUGCCAAAAACAUUCUUGUGACUGGUUCUGUCAUUCGGAAAAAAGCACUAAACUUGGCCAACAUGCUUGGCUAUGACAAUUUUCAAGCAAGUGUGGGCUGGCUGAACAGAUUUAGAGAUCGCCACGGAAUUGCUUUGAAAGCAGUCUGUAGAGAAGAUACUGACAGAUUAAUGAAUGGUCUAGGAAUAGAUAAGGUUAACGAGUGGCAUGCAGGGGAAAUUAUAAAACUGAUUGCUGACUACAGCCCAGAUGAUAUCUUUAAUGCUGAUGAGACAGGAGUGUUUUUCCAGUUGCUUCCCCAGCAUACACUUGCUGCUAAAGGAGACCAUUGUAGAGGGGGCAAGAAAGCAAAGCAGCGGUUGACAGCACUCUUUUGUUGCAAUGCCUCAGGGACUGAAAAAAUGAGACCAUUGAUCGUUGGUAGGUCAGCCAGCCCACGCUGCCUCAAGAACAUCCAUUCCCUCCCUUGUGAUUACCGGGCCAACCAGUGGGCUUGGAUGACAAGGGAUCUGUUUAAUGAGUGGCUGAUGCAAGUGGAUGCCAGGAUGAAGAGGGCGGAACGCCGGAUCCUCUUGCUGAUCGACAACUGCUCUGCUCAUAACAUGCUUCCACGCUUGGAAAGGAUUCAGGUUGGGUAUCUGCCCUCCAACUGUACUGCUGUCCUGCAGCCACUGAAUCUUGGCAUAAUUCACACCAUGAAAGUACUAUACCGGAGCCACCUUCUCAAACAGAUCCUCCUCAAGCUCAGCAGCAGGGAGGAUCAAGAAAAGGUGGACAUCAAGCAGGCCAUCGACAUGAUUGCUGCAGCAUGGUGGUCAGUCAAGCCAUCCACAGUGGUCAAAUGUUGGCAGAAGGCAGGCAUCAUCCCUAUGGAAUUUGCAGAAUGUGACAUAGAAUCAGCAGCCAGUGAACCAGACACUGCCAUUGAAAAGUUGUGGCACACAGUGGCUAUUGCCACCUGUGUCCCAAAUGAAGUAAAUUUCCAGGACUUUGUUACUGCAGAUGAUGAUCUCAUUAUCUCUCAGGACACAGACAUCAUCCAGGGCAUGGUGGCUGGCGAAAAUACCAGUGAAGCAGGAAGUGAAGAUGAAGGGGAGGUAUCUUUACCGCAGCAACCAAAAGUCACCAUCACAGAAGCCAUAUCAAGUGUACAGAAACUUAGACAGUUCCUUUCCACUUGUGUAGACGUUCCUGAUGCCAUUUUUGGACAAUUAAAUGGCAUAGAUGAAUAUUUAAUGAAAAGAGUGACACAAACCCUUGUUGAUUCCAAAAUUACAGAUUUCCUCCAAACAAAGUAAUGCAGGAAUUUAUUUCAGAAAAUGUAGUUUACAAGAAUAAAGAUUUCUUCAGAUAGGCUGUUGAGCCAAUUUAAGUAAAGCAAUAUUAUUAUGACAACA